AGGGGGUCGGAGGCAGAGACAGGAGAGGGGUGGGGUGGCGGAUUCUGGGGCCAUGGGAGGCAGCAAAGGCUCGAGGAGCCGAGCGCUCGCCACCGCGCCAUGGAGCUGCACUCAUGCGGCUGUGGAGGUGGUGGUGGAGGAAGGGACCGGCGCGGGGGGCGGGGGGGGGGGGGCGAACGCGUCGGAAGCCAGAGAGCACCGUGUCCCUGCGCUCUGUCGGUCAGUGGGCGCGGGCCGGCAGGAUGGCGCCGCAGCACGUGCGCCCCGUGCUUGGAUCCCAGAGUCCAGCCUGGGAGGAAAUGGGGCUCCUGGUGUAUCACCAUCAUCCCCAACACUCCUGUUCAGAAGAUGGGUGAGGAAAGUGGAAAGUCUAAUCAGUCAGCCGAUGACCAGUGGGAAAAAUGAGCUACAAGAUCACCUGAUCUUCAUCAGUGAGAAAGCUUUGCACAAGAGGCUAUUUCAGAAAGAGAAUGGCGAUGAAGGAGAGACCAGACCAACAGAGAAGGAAGAGGGAAUCCUUUCUCAUGAAAAAGGAAGAAGGAAAUCAUUCUGGAGAAGGCACAGGUCUGCUAGAAAUACUUCAACCCAAAAUUCCAAAAUGACCAAGAAGAGAUCAAAAAUAAAUGAACUAGAAGAACUGAAAUUGGAUAUGAGGAAGAUCAGCAAUGACAUGGAGGAAAUGUGUGGAAUCCUGAACCUUUACAUGUAUGAGGAUUUGAACUACAGGAUGAACACUGAAUUCAACAUCAUUAAAUCACAACAUGAGAAGACAAUGUUGGAUAUGAAUAAAAUGAUCCAGUCCAUAAUUGGUUCCAUGCAGUACUCCAAGGAACUGAUAGAAGAUAACUAUUCCUACAGCAUUAAGGAGGACCACCUCCUCCGUGAGUGCACUCAACUCAACGAAAACGUAAGGAUAUUACUGAAUGAGAACAGAAGGCUGCUGGUGGAGCAGGCUGGCCAUAAGUGUCCUGUGGGGAAGAAAAGAGGUUCUCUGAGGAGGCCAGCAAGAACAUCUGUGUCCCAAGUGCCAAGGAACAGCAGGCAUGAAGGUCCUCUCCAAGAACUCAGCAAAGCUGACUGGAAUCCAGGCAUUUCUUUCUGUUCUCUUGGAAGUCUGCAGGAAGACAGCUCCUGGGCCUUUUCUUCCUCCAGCCAACCCAGUCUCCUUCACCCAAGGUGACCCAUGGCGUGCGGGGAGAAGGGGGGCUCUAUCUGAGUGGGCUUUUUCCUGAGUCCAAACCAGAUGCUUCCUUCUCCAUACGAUUGUCAGCUGGCUUCACUUUUCAUAUUAUUUUAAGCUUUAAUUAUUUUUCUCUCCUUGCGGAGCAACAAUUGUGGUA